GUCCCUGAAGGCAACAGCGGCUCAGACGUGGCCCUGGUGCAGCUGCUGCGUUCAAGUGGCGCAGUGUCCCGUCUGGAGGCAGAGAGGGCGAAGUUUCAAUCUGCAUUGCAGCCUGAGCGCUGCUGCCGGGAUCCAACACAACAAUGGCGACUCCCAGUCCUAACAGCAACUCCACAGGCUCCAGCAACAGCAUCGUAGGAUCCACGUCGCACCAGUUCCACCAGCAGACACAGAGCAGCAGCAUGCAAGAAACCAACACCUGCUGGAGAUGUCAAAAUGAAACAGGGUUUCAGAUAAGCCUGUCUGGAGUGCCCCAAAGUAAACGCAAAGCUCUGAAGCUGAAUUUCGCCAACCCUCCAGUGAAGCCAGCCUCCAGGCUCCCGCUUAAUCCAGCACCUCCCUCUUUCCAUAAUCCUCACAUAGAGCGUCUGCGGACACACAGUAUCGAGUCGUCAGGGAAGCUGAAGAUCUCCCCAGAGCAGCACUGUGACUUCACUGCAGAAGAUCUGAGAGACCUCGGGGAGAUCGGUCGUGGGGCAUAUGGCUCCGUCAACAAGAUGGUCCACAAACCCACAGGCCAGAUCAUGGCUGUGAAGAGGAUUCGUUCGACUGUGGAUGAGAAGGAGCAGAAGCAGCUGCUGAUGGAUCUUGACGUGGUGAUGAGGAGUAGUGACUGCCCCUACAUUGUUCAGUUCUACGGCGCCCUCUUCAGAGAGGGGGACUGUUGGAUUUGUAUGGAACUCAUGUCUACCUCAUUAGACAAAUUCUACAAAUAUGUAUAUUGUGCAUUAGAUGACGUCAUUCCAGAGGAAAUAUUAGGCAAAAUAACAUUAGCUACCGUUAAAGCACUGAACCACUUAAAAGAAAACUUGAAAAUAAUUCAUAGAGACAUCAAACCUUCCAACAUUCUAAUGGACCGAAAGGGUAAUAUCAAGCUGUGUGAUUUUGGCAUCAGUGGCCAGCUGGUAGACUCCAUAGCCAAGACCAGAGAUGCAGGCUGCAGGCCUUACAUGGCGCCUGAAAGGAUAGACCCCAGUGCUUCCAGACAAGGGUAUGACGUCCGAUCUGAUGUGUGGAGCUUGGGAAUCACUCUGUAUGAGUUGGCUACAGGAAGGUUUCCUUACCCCAAGUGGAAUAGUGUUUUUGAUCAACUGACACAAGUGGUGAAAGGAGAGCCUCCCCAGCUCAGCAACUCCGAGGAGAGGCAGUUCUCCCCCAAGUUCAUCAACUUUGUUAACCUUUGCCUUACUAAGGAUGAAUCAAAAAGGCCAAAGUACAAGGAGCUUCUGAAACACCCCUUCAUUCUGAUGUAUGAAGAGCGUUUUGUGGACGUCGCCACCUACGUGUGUCGCAUCCUGGAUCAGAUCCCUGCCUCUCCCAUCUCUCCGAUGUAUGUAGACUGACAGAGUUAGGGCUGGGGCGGGAAGGGCGGGAGUUCACUCAAGAAGCAGUGAGUGGGACACAGAGCUUUGUGGCGCAAUGCUUGACAUCUUAGCCUUCAGAGUUACGUAGAAUCACCUGUUUAUUCACAUGUUCCAAAGAACAAAGGAACUAAGUCCCAAUUGCCCGGUGCAAUGAGAUGAAUAUUACUUAGUAAACCUUUCCACCUUCCAUCACCUCAUUUUAGAACCUAAAAUAUCAUCAUCUUCACCCACAAAACUUUGAAGACAUGGCAUUGUCUUAGUAAAAUGCAAUGCAUCUUUUUAUGUGAGGAAAAAGGAAUAGAGUAUACAUAUAUGGAAUAUAUAUACUUGAAGUCGUACAAAAAUGCAGAAUCUACCAAAUAAAAUGUUGAACAGUGAUGCUCAUGACAUAUGAACAAAAAUAGCCACCUAAUGGAUUGUACAUUGUGGACUGUAUGUAUGCAUAUAUGUGUUCACCUCUGAACUGUUGACAUGCCGACAGAUCUACUGUCUAAACAACCACACUCCUUUCACACAGUCUAUUGUGAGCACCUUAACUCAAGGUAAAAGAAAGAGUAUGCAAAAGUGUUUCUCUCUGGAAAGCUCAUGGAUUCGGUAGCGUGGCUUUACUCAUUAGCUUUUCCUUUUCUUUUUUUUUUUUCCAGUAUGCAAUCUGUGAGAGUUUGUCUUGAUACAAGAGUGGGACGACUGACAGUUCUCACAUCUAACGCUGGCAUCAGUUCCUAUCUCUUGUCUGUUAUCAAUAUGUUUGAGUCACAUUCCUUAGCAUCUGGUUUCCUGAAAUGCAGUUUCUUCUGUUGGUCUGGCUGAAUUGCACAGUCAACUCGUAGCUGUACAGCAUAACAAACUGAAUUGUCUUGCAACUAGUAACUUGCUAAGACAUCUCAGACAUUGACUACCUUUAGCUGAUGUAACGUGCCAGGUGUUAGUCAUUUACCAGUCAACACUACGUAUACACCAGAAGCCUGCUACCAAAGGUAUCCUGCGUAGAUCUUUGCUAAAGAGAAAAAAAUGUUGUCAGCUUUGUACAACAGGAAAUUGUAGGUACCUUACAUAAGAUAAUAACAACAGGACACUUAACUACACCUGAUAUCGCAACUCCUAAACUUUUGCGUCUCUUCAUACAAAUCAAACAAGAUUUGUAACUUCUGGCCAAUGGUACGUCUAGAUUUGGCUGGAAAUACGGUAGUGGGUUAACAGUCUAUCACGGCACUGCACACAAAAUAUUUUCAUCCAAAAGAACUGCCAGCACAGUUAGCAUUUGCUAAAAUGAGGGGUUUGCUUGCUAAACAAGUCUUUGCUAAUGAAAACCAGCAAGCUGAGAUAAGUGUGUGCAAGGGAUCCACUAGCAUGAGAGCUAAGCCAGUCAUUGUAUUUUGCUAACCGACGAGGAAUGACAUAUAACUUAGCUUGUUUUGUGCUACGCAAAUGAAAAAUACGUAUGAAAAUAACAGAGUACUUCAAAAUAUCUGAUAAUAAAACUCAUUAAGUUAGAAUUUACUUUGCGCAGAUUGAACGAGUUGUUUUGCUUCUAGCUAACGGUACAUCUCCAUUUAGAGACAACUGACCAAGCAAGUUAAUAUAUUUCUUUAAUUGUAAUGCAAAGUAAAGAUUUUGAUCCAAAUGAACAGUCAGCGUGGUCAACACUAACUAAAAAAACCUGCUAAAUAACUGUAUCCUCUGUAGAACUUUACCAAUGAAAAAAGGGCAAGAGCAGAUGAAUUGUUUUCCGUUACAUAUUAACGUUUUGCUAACCAGACAGUGGAGCUAGAGUUACACAAUAUGCACGUGUCCUUGUUUUGUACAGCAUGAAAGUAAAAAUUAGAAGACUUAAAAAUAUGUAGUAUUAAAACUUACAAUAUGUUGGAUAACAUAGUUCAAAUUAAACAUGUCACUUCAAGCUAAAGGUACAUGUAUGUGUUGUUGCGAUUGACAAACCAGGCUGAAGAUCUUUUUUGUCACUGUGCAGCUAACAAAGUGUUUUUUGAUUAAGGUGGACAGAAAUACCCUCAAAACUGCUAUGCGUCAUUAAAUGACCUGAUCAAUGAUUCAUGUCUUGGAAAGAAAGAUGCUUAGUUUUGUGAUUUUGACAAAAUGGUAACAUGUAAGAGACACUAACUGAGGUUAGUCCAAUGCUACAUUGCCUGAUGUAAAGUUACUUUAGGACAGUAUGUCCACUGAUGUAAAUGUAAAUGUAUAUAGUAAAUCUAAUCUGCUGUUUCUGGCAGGUUCUGCUCAGCAGUUGAGGCUCAUUACUAAACAGAGAUGAUUAAGUCAAGUGGGGAGGAGAUAUGGAUGAUGGGAAAUGUUUCGGUUUCAGAAUGAGCCCUAUUCCUCUUUGGCAGCCUGUCAUAGCACUGUACAGUUGAACUGCUCAUUCACACUGAUCACAGAUCCACCCUGCUGCCAUACAGUGGCAAGCAACAGUACAUUUUUAGAAGUCCUGGCAGUGGGUUCCUGUCAAAGAAAUACCUGUAAAUGCUGCUAAAUCACGAACUGUCCACUUCCAUACCAACCACAUGACUGUCAGGAGAGGAGGAAGCUCACUCCUCACAGAGUUACUGCUCUUUGACCCUUAAGGUUACAGAGGACUCGGCAUGUUUCUCCGUGACUUGGCAUGUCUCUGGCUUGCACUGAUGAUAGAAUGUUUCCACACCAAACCAUGUAUUACACUCGUGCAUUUCCACAGUUCAAAGUGCAUUGACUCACCUGUCUUCCUACAUCUGCAGUGGUAGACUAAGUUUACCAUACUUGGCCAGAUAAAGGUGAAGGGGAGGGUGCAGCUUUAAACUAUUGGGAUCCACCCGUUGUCAGUCCCUCUCAGAAAGUCACGUCUACCAGGCUGAUGUCACCCGUAGAAUGGAAAGACAACUUUUACACUGUUUGGAGCUAGCUACUAAACCAAACUGUUUGUAUGGCUGGUGGUUGGUCCUUCAACACAGAGACCCAUCAUAAAUUAAAUACAUGAAACAGGCUGGGAUUAUUUUUUGGCUUUUGUCAACAAAUUUCAUGAAAAGCCCCAAAUUAGCAAUGUUGUAGUUAGUUAGCCCAUCUCGUCUCCGCCCUGUCUGUGGCUUGGUAGCCCCAAAUCCUGAGGUUUCAUAAAACGGCUUAUCAAUGCACACCUUAAUUUCCCAGUAACGCUCAGGAAUGUGUGUAGUGCAAACCUCUCAUACAGGAGGAAACGGUAAACUUGCGGGAGACCGUUUGCUUAACAUGUCUUGUUUAUGGUCUUUUCAUGAAAUGUGUUGACAAAAAGAAUAUAGAAUAUCUCCUGCCUUAUAUUUAGUAAAUGCCAGUAAUAUGAAGUAGUUUAGUAAUUUACAUAUAGUAACAAAUACCUGCUCACUUGAUUUUGUCACAUGAUCCACAAUCAGUUGGAUCAAUGUGUCUGUUAAAGUGUUGCCGUUAUUCUUAUUCUUUCAACUGGAUGUUGAAACAUUGAUUUUAAUUGCUGAUCGACAAUGUUUGUUUUGGUAGUGUAGUUUCAUAAUUUUGGAGAGCUUGGAAAUGACAGACAGAGAAAAGAAGUCUUUCAUAUGGAGGAAGCUCUUAAACCAAAAAAGAUCAGCUUGAUAGCAUCAUCAACAGUAGUUCCUGUGACAUUGCAACUGCACUUAAUUUUUAAUAUCAAGGGAGUUUUCCUUUACAUUUUACUUUAUUUUUAUAAUGUGGGCCUCCAUAUAUGUGAACUGUGUUGAAAAAUGGCCACCGUCAGUGGUGUGUGUAUGGAGAGGGGGGUGAGUUCAGGGUCACUUGUUAAAAACAGACGUGUUGAAUACUUGUGCCCUAUUCAGGAAGGUAAAACAUUGCAACCAAGUUGGUGGAGAUGCAUUGUAGACCAGACACCAUUCUCUCUGUGGAGAAUGGUGUCAGCUCCGUUCUUUCCGUUUCUAUCUGUAAUGCAAAAUGGUGCAAACCCCAGAGAGAGGCCACACAUGGAUCAGUUUCACUGCAAACUGUGUCCAGGUCUGCUCUUCUGUCAUGGGAUGCGUUUCCAGGAAGCUAACUUACCACUGGUAAAUAUGAAUCUCCAGGGUAAAUGUUGUACAAAUUGCAAUUUACUAGAAUGUUCAUAAUAGAUUAUAAGAUAAUAUUAAGGGCAAUGAAUAUUAUAUUGUAUCUUUAUCAAGGGUUAUAAAUAAAGUUCCCAUGGAAAAGGUUGAAAACCUGUAUUGUGUGCUUCUUGUGAAUUGGACAUAAAUAAAGAGUAAAUGCAGAAAUGA